AUGCCGCUGCAACCUCGCCCCAUCACACUGUCGCUCAGGCAGACGUGUCUGUAUCAUGCCUACCGACCACGACUGAAUUCACUGGUCGGCGUGUUGCCUCGCCAUCGACAAUUCUCCAAGACCGUAUACUGCCCUCAAACCGCAAAGACCGCCGAAACAGCCGUACCGCUACGCAAACAGUUGAAGGAAGAAGCCAAACAACGGAAGAAGUCUGCCAAAGCAGCUGGAAAAGGAAACCACGAAACCAAUGCAUUGCUGGACAAGUGGGAGUUGACAGUGGGCAUCGAGGUGCACGCCGAGCUCAACACCGCCCACAAGCUCUUCUCGACUGCCCGCACCUCUGCCAAUGCUGAACCCAACGAACAUGUCGCUCGCUUUGACAUUGCUCUACCGGGUGCUCAGCCGGCUUUCCAGAAAGCGACUCUCAUACCAGCUCUCCGUGCGGCUCUGGCCAUGAAUUGCGACAUACAACCUCGUAGCAGCUGGGAUCGCAAGCACUACUUUUACCAGGAUCAGCCGAAUGGAUAUCAGAUUACACAAUACUACGAACCCUUCGCUCGUAACGGCUCCCUGAUUCUGACCUUGGAGGAUGGCAUCGACCCAAACGACAUCCCCGAGCCCAAGGGAAGUGCAGAGAACACAAGUCUCACCAUUGGAAUCAAGCAAAUACAGAUGGAGCAGGACACAGCAAAGACUGCUCUGCAACCCCCCUCGACAUACCUUCUCGACUUCAAUCGUGUCUCGCAUCCUCUGAUAGAAAUCAUCACACUGCCUCACAUACACUCCCCCGCCACUGCUGCUGCGACCGUCCGCAAGAUCCAGUCGUUGCUCAGAUCGGUAGACUCGUGUGUUGCUGGUAUGGAGAUGGGCGGUCUGAGAGCCGAUGUCAACGUCAGUGUACGUCAACGAGGCUCCACGGGCGACAACAACGAGUACUCUGGCGUCACGGGCCUAGGCACAAGAACCGAAAUCAAGAAUUUGAGUUCGUUCAAGGCAGUCGAAGAUGCUGUUACUGCCGAACGAGACCGCCAGAUCAAGCUUCUUGAGGCUGGAGGUGUGGUUGAGGGCGAAACGAGAGGUUGGACCAUUGGCAGCACGGAGACAACUCGUUUGAGAAGCAAGGAAGGAGAGGUCGAUUACAGGUACAUGCCGGAUCCGGAUCUACCUCCUGUCCUGAUCUCGAAUGAGCUAGUCGAGCAUCUGCGCAAGACUCUGCCAGAGUUGCCGGAUUCGACAGUUUUGAGAUCACUCAAUGACUUUGGCCUGUCCGUGAAGGAUGCGAAAACACUCUUUUCGCUAGACGAUGGCGAGAGACUGGAAUACUGUGCAGAGACCAUCGAACUGAUCCAGGCAAAACCCUCUGCUCAAAAUGAUGGCCAGGACCAAACCAAGGUCGGCAAACUGGUUGCCAACUGGGUCUUGCAUGAAGUCGGUGGUCUUCUCGCUUCAGACGGCCGCGAAUGGUCCGACCUCACGAUCACAACAGAAGAACUUGCUUCUCUGCUUGCAAACCUCAUGUCCAAGCAGAUCACCGCUCGUGUGGGCAAGCAGAUUCUCCAACAGCUGUACGAAGAGGACUCGGACGAAAGGAUAUCUGUCGACGCUCGCAUCGAUGAGGGCAAUCUUCGUCUACGCCCGAUCAGCAGAGAAGAGUACAUCGAGCUGGCUCAAUCCAUCAUGGAUGAAAACCCAAACAUGGUCAGCGCAGUCCGCGACAAGGGUCAAAAAGGCAAAACCAUGUGGUUCGUUGGUCAAAUGGUCAGAAGAGCAGAAGAAGGCACCGUGGAAGCUGAAAAGGCAAAGGAAAUCAUCGAGGAGCUUCUGUUUCCAUGA